CAGUGGCCGGAAAUCGUCCUGACCGCAGAAAGCAAUGGCCGGGCUGCUGAAAAAGACGACCGGCCUGGUGGGCCUGGCGGUGUCCCACAGUCCGCACGAGCAUCUGAGUAUUCUGUACUCCAAGAUCUUGGCGUCGCUGGAGGGCAUGCCGCGGGACGCCGCCUACAGGAAGUACACGGAGCAGCUGAUCAGCGAGAGGUUCGACCACGUCAAAGCGGAGGCCGAUGUUGAGAAGUUGGAGAAGAAGUUAAAUGGUGGGCAGAUUGAAGAAGUGAUUCUUCAGGCGGAGUGUGAGCUGACUCUGUCUAGGAAGAUGGCAGAGUGGAAACCAUGGGAGCCCCUGAUAGAAGAGCCUCCUCCCAACCAAUGGAAAUGGCCCAUAUGAAUACCUGCUCAUGGCAGACUGUCUGUGAGAUCCAAACCGCUGCUUCUUGUACAAAUCUUUGUCCUAGACGAAUAAAAAAGGCAUACAAACAA